GUAACCCCUGACCUUUCAACUCUGUGCCUGCAGAGCAUCGGCGAAGGUGAACCGACCUAACCACGUGACAGAGACCCAGAAAAUACAAUAUAGAAAGAACAAAGAAAGGAACAUUUUGGAAGUGUAUAUGAAAAGUUACAACAAAAAAUAAACUUAAAAAACGAAUCGAGCGUGCAAAAGAAAGAGCGCGUCGCACUGUCGUGACAAUAGAAGUUUAUCUUUGUGUGAAAGGAGAGGGGAGGGGGAGCGCGACUCGUUACAAAAACAAACUGAGCGUGCUGGAGGAAGAUAGCGCGUCUUGUUUUGUCCUGAUAUAAGAGUAUAUUUGCGGGAGAGACAAAGAGAAAGAGAAUCAGUCAGUCAGCCAGCCAGGCUCUUCAGAAACAGUUUAUAACUCGGUGCUUCAGCCAGCUGGUCCGGUUCCGUGUUUGUUUGAAGAUGGACAAAUCCCGGGUCAAGCAGAAUUUUCACCAGGACAGCGAAGCCGGGCUAAACCUGCUUAUCAACACGAAACUCCGGGCUUCUUACACAUUCCUUUCGAUGUCGUUCUUCUUCGACCGGGAUGACGUCGCGUUGUCGAACUUCGCCAGGUUUUUCCUGGAGCGUUCCCACGCCGAGCAGGAGCAGGCAGAGAGGCUGCUGGGAUACCAGCUACAGCGAGGGGGGCGGGUCUUACUGCAAACCAUCCAGAGCCCCUCUAAGGGGGAGUGGGAGGGGGGUCUGGAUGCCAUGGUCUUCGCUGUUAAUUAUCAGAAGGAACUGAACCAGGCGGUGCUGGAGCUGCACAAGAUCUCCGGACAAAACAACGACCCCCACCUCUGUGAUUUUCUCGAGGGUCACUUCCUGUCUCGCAGCGUGGAGGAAAUCAAGAGGCUGGGAGAUCAUGUGACCAGCCUGCGCAAGCUCACUUCCUGCGAGCAGCAGGGCACGAUGGGAGAGUACCUGUUUGACAAGCAUACUCUUAGCUAGACACUUCCAAACAAGAAGGCUGUUUCACAAAAGCUUGUAAACUUAGUCGCAUUCAAUAAAGAUACAUUUAAAAAGAGAA